CGGGGGCUGAGGACUGUGAGGUGGGGAAUCGGGAGUUUCGGGAGUCUUUAUCCGGUAUUUUAAGAGCAGUUGGAGAGCUGUCGGGUCUGCAGUGUUCUGGAGCGGCCGUGGCGGGAGGCUCGGCGGCCGCCGUGGCGCAGAGAUUUUCUUCAUGGAUACCAUUGUUGUGUGAUGUAAGAAGUUUGUGGUGGUGUUUUUUGCUUUUGAAGUAACAUGGAUUUUAUACUACAGAAUCAAGAGAUUGACUUUAUAAGAAAAUUUUGUUUAUAAAAGGAAAUACAGAUUUUUAUAAUCAUGACAACAUCCUAUAUAAAUGGGCAUGUUACCGAGGAAUCAGACAGUGAAGUGAAAAAUGUGGAUCUUGCAUCACCAGAGGAACAUCAGAAGCACCGAGAGAUGGCUGUUGACUGCCCUGGAGAUUUGGGCACUAGGAUGAUGCCAGUACGGCGAAGUGCACAGUUGGAGCGUAUUCGGCAGCAGCAGGAGGACAUGAGGCGCAGGCGAGAAGAAGAAGGAAAAAAGCAAGAACUUGAUCUUAAUUCUUCCAUGAGACUUAAGAAACUAGCUCAGAUUCCUCCAAAGACUGGAAUAGAUAAUCCUAUAUUUGACACAGAGGAAGGGAUUGUCUUAGAAAGUCCUCAUUAUGCUGUGAAAAUACUAGAAGUGGAAGACUUAUUCUCUUCACUUAAACAUAUCCAACAUACCUUGGUAGAUUCUCAGAGCCAGGAGGAUAUCUCACUGCUUUUACAACUUGUACAAAAUAAAGAUUUCCAGAAUGCAUUUAAGAUACACAACGCUGUCAUAGUGCACAUGAACAAGGCCAGCCCUCCAUUUCCUCUUAUCUCCAGUGCACAAGACCUUGCACAAGAGGUACAGACUCUUUUGAAGCUAGCCCACCACAAGGAAGGACAGGAAUUAACUGCCUUGCUGAAUGCACCACAUAUUCAGGCACUUCUAUUGGCCCAUGAUAAGGUGGCUGAACAGGAAAUGCAGCUAGAGCCCAUUACGGAUGAGAGAGUGUAUGAAAGCAUUGGCCAGUAUGGAGGAGAAACUGUAAAGAUAGUCCGUAUAGAAAAGGCUCGAGAUAUUCCAUUGGGGGCGACGGUUCGUAAUGAAAUGGAAUCCGUCAUCAUUAGUCGGAUAGUAAAAGGAGGUGCCGCAGAGAAAAGUGGUUUGUUACAUGAAGGAGAUGAAGUUUUGGAAAUUAAUGGCAUUGAAAUUCGGGGCAAAGAUGUCAAUGAGGUUUUUGACUUGUUGUCUGAUAUGCAUGGUACUUUGACAUUUGUUCUGAUUCCCAGUCAACAGAUUAAACCUCCUCCUGCCAAGGAAACAGUAAUCCAUGUCAAAGCUCAUUUUGACUAUGACCCCUCAGAUGAUCCUUAUGUUCCAUGUCGAGAAUUGGGUCUUUCUUUUCAAAAAGGGGAUAUACUUCAUGUCAUCAGUCAAGAAGAUCCAAAUUGGUGGCAAGCCUACAGGGAAGGAGAUGAAGAUAAUCAGCCUUUAGCUGGACUCGUUCCAGGGAAAAGCUUUCAGCAGCAAAGAGAAGCCAUGAAGCAAACUAUAGAAGAAGAUAAGGAGCCGGAAAAAUCAGGAAAACUGUGGUGUGCGAAGAAAAAUAAAAAGAAAAGGAAAAAAGUUUUGUAUAAUGCCAAUAAAAAUGAUGAUUAUGACAAUGAAGAGAUCUUGACUUAUGAGGAAAUGUCACUGUACCACCAACCAGCUAAUAGAAAACGGCCUAUCAUUUUGAUUGGUCCACAGAACUGUGGCCAGAAUGAAUUGCGUCAGAGGCUUAUGAACAAAGAAAAAGACCGCUUUGCAACUGCAGUUCCUCAUACCACUCGGAGUAGGAGAGAUCAUGAAGUCGCUGGUAGAGAUUAUCACUUUGUUUCACGGCAAGCAUUUGAAGCAGACUUAGCAGCUGGAAAGUUCAUUGAACAUGGUGAAUUUGAGAAAAAUUUUUAUGGAACAAGCAUAGAUUCUGUGCGGCAGGUGAUCAACUCUGGCAAAAUAUGCCUUCUAAGUCUUCGUACACAGUCAUUAAAGACUCUCCGGAAUUCAGACUUGAAGCCAUAUAUUAUCUUCAUUGCACCCCCUUCACAAGAAAGACUUCGGGCAUUAUUGGCCAAAGAGGGCAAGAAUCCAAAGCCUGAAGAAUUGAGAGAAAUUAUUGAGAAGACUCGAGAGAUGGAGCAGAACAAUGGCCACUACUUUGAUACUGCAAUUGUGAAUUCUGAUCUUGAUAAAGCUUAUCAGGAACUGCUUAGGUUAAUUAACAAACUUGAUACUGAACCUCAGUGGGUGCCAUCUACUUGGCUAAGGUGAAGGAAACAUCCAUUCUAUGGCAUUGUUGGACUUGAGUUGGCAGACUGCCAAUAGAAGAGCCCUGCUACUUCAGAGCAAGACUCUCAAGGUGGCAGACAGUAUGAACUGUCCUUAGAUCUCAAACUAGUGAGAACUCCCCUAGGCAACUUUAGCACAACUGUCUCUCUUCUCUGUACAUGGCGCCAGUCUCUUGCCUUUUGGGGGGUUCUAAAUGGAAACUCCUACAGAGCAGUUUGGCUUUAUUCAUGCAAAAACCUUUUCACCUUUGCCCUGCCUCAUAAUAGUUCUAUAAAGGAUGUGUAUGCACACAGCCCAUGUCUCACAUAGCUGUACAUUGAUGCUAAAUAGCCUCAUGGGAAUUUUGUGAGAGGACCCAUGCUACUGUCCGUUGGGCAAGGCAGCAGUAUUUGGUUAGAAAACUGGCUUAAAUCAUCAGAAAUACUUUCCUGGAAAAACAAAAACAAAUGGGUGUUACUUUGCCCUGGAGCUACUGGAAGGUUAAAUUCAUUUUUAUGUUAUUUGAUUUAAAAAAAAAAUCCAUUCCAUUAGAAGCACCUUUCUUAUAUUUUUUACCUGAAACAUUGGAAGAUCAAACUUCACUGUAGAUUCAUGAAUUGAUCUACUUAAAUACAUAAAACCUGUACUGAUCUUUUAAGAUAGGAUUUUCUGAAUGUUUUCCAUAAAAUUGCCAUAACUAACUUGAUAACCAUGCUUCCUUUCUCUGAUCUGCAUAGUACAAUGUGUAACAUAUUUAUGAGUGGGAGAUGUCCACCCAGUGGGCCAUAUACAGCCUGCAGAAUCAUUUGGUCUGGCCCUGCCAAGGCAAACAGCUGUAUUCAUAGAAAUACUAAGUGCUAAUUUUUAAGUUGAUAAUUUUGUAUGGCUCUGAGAAUGAUGUUAAUACUUAAAUGGCCCUUGGCAGAAAAAAAAAAGUUCCCCAACCUUGUUCUAGAUCAUACUAUUUAAAAAAUUUCUUCCCGAUAGUGUUUUUAUUUACAGAAGGAAACAUAGUAUUUUGAAGUUUCUCUUAAUAUAUAAGCACAGUAUAAUUUGAUGACUGUGUUAUAUGACUAGGUAAAUCAACUGGAAUUCAGUACUGUACUAUAUAAGGACAUUAGGUUGACAAAUGGUGAUUGGAAUUAAAGCACACAUUCUGGGGGGUAGGAGACAUGCAUAAUGGUUAUACAGAAAGACUUUCAUGCCUGAGACUCUGAGAUCACAGGUUCAAUUCCUACACCACCAUAUAAAAUAGAGCUUAACAGUGCUUUGGCAGUGGGGUGGAGGAGGCAUCCUGAGAAAUACGAUGGCAACUGGCUUGAAAUCAGAAGCUAAGGAUGACCUCAAAGUCAUUUAAACAUUUUAGGAAAAGAACAUUGGGAGUGGGGAGUUGUUGAGUACACAGAAAUGGGUUUUUAUCCUAACAAGGUCUAUUGCUUAUGACCAGAAUGCAACAGCUGGCUAAAUCAUAAAUGUUUAAACUAAUAGGAUAUUCACAGUGUCUCUAUAACUGUAGCCAUAAGACUCAACUUCUGUAGCUGAAAUGGAAAGUUAAUUUUCGUUAUCUUUAGGAAUAGUGUAAUGUGUGACAAACAGCCUCAAAUGUGAAUGUUCAGAUUUUAUUUUUAUUAUGACUUUAGAUACAGCAUUUCCCUAGGUAAACACUGGAGUAAUAAUGGAGUUGUCACUUAUUUAACAAAAGCAAAUGUUAAUAGUCUCAGUGUCAUGUAUAUAUUUGACUUUUCCUUCUACAUACUUUUUUUUCCCUUCUACCUACUUUUAUUUGAACAAAUGUAGACAGUAGCCUUUUUCUGUUUAAAUUUGCUUGACCAUGAAGUUUAAGUGUGUGUGUCUUCUGUAGAAAUAGUUUCAAGAUAAUGUUUCUAGUCAGAAGUAACAUUCCUGGGUUAAGGGGAGGAAUGUACUAUCUUUUCAGGUUUGAAACACUCCAGUUUAUGGCAAGAACAUUGAAAUGGCCCCAUGGAUUUUUUAACAAUGAGAACCAAGGAACUUAAAUGUUUGAAGUCUGUUUUCACUUCUACAAUGAAAAGUAGUUUAUGGUAGACAGUGGACUUCUGUGAGCUGCUUAUAAUAACUGACAGCUAUUUUCAACCUUCUGAUUUAAAAUGUUGGCUAGGUUAAACUGAGAUUUCAGGUAGUGUCAGUAAGUGGCUAUUGUUCAGUCCUGAGCCAGCAGAAAAUAGGGACAUUAGGUCCAGAUGCUAUCAAAUUUCAAGUGUCUUUAACAAACAAAUACCCUACAAGGCACAUGUUAUGCCAUAGUAUACUUUUAGGAAAUCUAAAAUGAUGGGAGGUUUCAAUAAAGUCCAAUACUUCUCAGAAUGGUAGAAAUGCUGUGUCCCAAUCUUUUCUCAGUCCUAGUGAAAGGGAUGUGCUGAUAUUCAACACAGCCCUAUGCAAAGUGAAAACUGAUUUGUUAAGACUCCUUUGAAAGAAGUGUGGCAAUAUACUUUAGAUACAUGUCUAGCCUUUCAGUCCCUCUUGUGGUUCUGAACAUGAGGCCUCAGUGUGGAGGAAGUUUUUAUCUGCUUAGAGGAAUGAAAUGCACAUGGAAAGUCAAAAUAAGGAAAGGGGAUCUUUACUAGAUUUUAUUAAAUCAGAAUAAACAAUAGUAUUUAGUCUAAUCCAGAUUUACUUUCUAUGAAAAUCUGUCUGGAUUUUUUUUUUUCCUUUUCUCGUGGCCUAAGAAUAAGUAUUGAUAAAUUUGAAUGUAAUUUUGUGAAUGUGUGUGGAAAAUAUAAACCAGGGACUUAACCUUAGUAAAGGUAAACAUUCUGACAUCUAUUGUUAAAUCCUCCUUUAUACUCUUACCUUGUAUCUGCACUCCUGUUAUUUUGAGAUGUCAUACUGCACACUGUAUUAUAAAAAUUAAAUUUUAUUUCAAAUUAAUAAAAG